AUGGAAGCAUCCGUCGCCUACGCUUUAUUUUUGCACCGCCAGGAGCUGCGGCGUCGCCAAAUGCUCUACGUCCAGGUGUCCAAGACCAAGAUCCAGUUGACCAAGGAGCUUAUAGCCGAGCAGAAGCAACGCCUGGCCAGCUGCUCCGCCGAGGAUCUGCAGAUCCUCAGCAGGCAAACGCAGUUCAAACGACAACUCCAGCAGAAACUCAAGCACCGCAACAAGCAGCUGAAAGUCAUAGCCAAGCAGCAGGAGAGGAGGGGUUGA